AGAGACCGCCCCAGUAUCUGCUGCUGCAUCCAACUCGCUUUCACACUUCCUUUCAUUCACACACACUUUUCCCACCGGGAUGGAGCCGCUUCAGCCAGCGCGCAGAACCGACCGGGCACUCACACGGUUCCGCGCGGCACACAUGGCUGCACAUUUUUGGCGAACAUUUUUGACCCACAUCUGGAUAAUAUCAUUAGUUUCAAGUUCGAGGACGAGGAUUUAUCCACCCAAUGAAGUGACCCUACUGGAUACCAGGACAGUUCCAGGAGAACUGAAAUGGGCAGCUAGUCCUUCAGAAGGAGGGUGGGAGGAAGUGAGCAUUAUGGAUGAGAAGAACAUCCCCAUCAGGACGUACCAGGUGUGUAACGUCUUAGAACCCAAUCAAAACAACUGGUUGAGGACAGACUGGAUCCCUCGAUCUGGAGCUCAGCGGGUCUACGUUGAAGUCAAGUUCACGCUAAGAGACUGCAACAGCCUGCCAGGGGUCACCGGCACCUGCAAGGAGACGUUCAAUCUGUAUUACCACGAGUCAAACGAAGACCGAGAGAGCUACAUCAAAGAGAGCAGCUUCAUUAAGGUGGACACUGUGGCAGCAGAUGAGAGCUUUACCCAGGUGGAUGUCGGAGACCGCAUCAUGAAAUUGAACACAGAGGUGCGAGAUGUAAAAGUCACAACACGGAAAGGCUUCUACUUGGCUUUUCAGGAUGUUGGCGCCUGCAUUGCUUUGGUUUCUGUCAGAGUUUUCUAUAAAACCUGCCCCCUCACCAUUCGGAACUUGGCAACUUUUCCCGACACCAUCACCGGUGCUGACACAUCUUCCCUAGUGGAGGUCAGGGGGUCCUGUGUUAACCAGUCAGAAGAAAGAGAGGAGCCUAAAAUGUACUGCGGUGCUGACGGAGAGUGGCUGGUUCCUAUUGGUGGAUGUUUUUGUAACCCAGGAUAUGAAGAGAAGGGCGGCACGUGUAAAGCUUGUUCUGCUGGCUUCUAUAAAGCCAAGUCUUCAGAUGCCGGAUGCUCCAAGUGUCCUCCACAUAGCCACUCACUCCGGGAUGGGGCUAACGUAUGUGAUUGCAACUCUGGAUUCUUCCGUGCAGAUACCGACCCCCCCUCCAUGGCCUGCACCCAGCCACCAUCCCCCCCACAACAGCUCAUCUCUGUGGUGAAUGAAACAUCGGUGGUCCUGGAGUGGACCCCCCCUCGCCGGCUUGGAGGAAGAAGUGACACCAGUUACAGUCUGGAGUGUCUCAUUUGUCAAACUGGAAGCCACCGCCAGACGGAGAGAAGAAUCAUCCAAAGGAACCACACUGCCCCCCAGCCUGAGGCCCAGCAUGGUGGCGUGCGGAUGCAGUCAGACCAGGGAAUUGUGGGACCUGAAGUUCAGCUAGGCAGAGAGGUUUUCCAGAGCAGGCCUGGAGAAUACCUUCAACCUGGCCUGAGCUCCAUCUCCAGCUCCCAACUGUGCCUGCCGUGCGGCUCGGAUGUGCUUUUCUCUCCCAGCCAGACGGGGCUGCAGACCACCAGGGUGGUGGUGAGCGAGCUCAGGGCCCACACGCACUACACCUUCAUUGUCUACGCACGCAAUGGUGUUUCCCUGGCCAGUGGUUCAGGGGCGUCACAGAGUGCAUCUGUCAGCGUCACCACAAACCAAGCCGCUCCCUCUCCUGUGUCAUCCAUCCAAGUCACUGAUGUCACCAGGCACAGCUUGUCGUUGUCUUGGAAACAGCCAGAUCGACCCAAUGGGGUCAUCUUGGAAUACGAGGUCAAGUUCUAUGAAAAGGAUCAGAGAGAGCGGUCCUACCGCAUAAUGAGGACCUUCUCACGUAGUGUCGAUGUCACGGGUCUCAACCCCCUCACUGUGUACGUGUUCCAUGUUCGGGCCCGCACAGCUGCAGGAUAUGGAGAGUACAGUGCUCCGUUUGAAUUUUCCACCAAUUCAGACCCCUUCCCUCUGAUUGGAGAGGGAGUUAACUCCGCCUUUCUGCUGCUGUCUGUCAGUGGAGUUGGAAUUUUACUGCUGAUAUCUGCAGCUGUUUUGAUCAUCAGCCGCAGGAGAAGCAAGUACAGUAAAACAAAACAGGACUCAGAGGAGGAGAAACAUCUGAACCCAGGAGUCAAAAUCUAUGUGGACCCAUUUACCUACGAAGACCCGGAUCAGGCCAUCCACGAGUUUGCCAAAGAGAUUGAUGUUAGCAGUAUUCACAUCGAGAAAGUUAUUGGCAUGGGAGAGUUUGGGGAGGUGUGCAGUGGUCGCCUGCGUGUGCAGGGGAAGAGGGAGAUCUAUGUGGCCAUCAAGAGUCUGAAGGCAGGAUACUCAGACAAGCAGAGAAGGGACUUCUUAUCUGAGGCCUCCAUCAUGGGACAGUUUGAUCACCCUAACAUCAUCAGACUGGAGGGUGUUGUCACAAGAUGCAAACCAUUGAUGAUAAUCACAGAAUACAUGGAAAAUGGAUCCCUGGACGCAUUUCUUCGAAAACAUGAUGGUCAGUUCACUGUGAUCCAGCUGGUUGGGAUGCUGCGCGGCAUCGCCUCAGGUAUGAAAUACCUGUCAGACAUGAGCUACGUUCACAGAGACCUGGCAGCUAGAAACAUCCUGGUCAACAGCAACCUGGUGUGUAAGGUGUCUGACUUUGGCCUGAGUCGAGUUCUGGAGGACGACCCCGAGGCUGCCUACACUACAAGGGAGGCCACUGGGUCUUAUCUUUCCCCUGGAGGGAAGAUCCCCAUCAGGUGGACGGCUCCAGAGGCCAUAGCGUACAGAAAGUUUACCACAGCCAGUGAUGUGUGGAGUUAUGGUAUCGUCAUGUGGGAGGUGGUUUCAUAUGGAGAGAGACCCUACUGGGACAUGAACAACCAGGAUGUAAUUAAAGCAAUAGAAGAAGGCUACCGGCUCCCUGCUCCCAUGGACUGUCCUGUGGUGCUGCACCAGCUCAUGCUGGACUGUUGGGAGAGAGAGCGAGCAGAAAGACCCACUUUCAGCCAGAUACUCAACAUGUUAGAUAAACUCAUCCGCAACCCUGGGACUCUGCGCCGCACAGGAGGAGACAGACCCUCGGGCACAAUGUUGGAGUCUGGGGUGAACUCAGAGGUGUGUGUAUCAGUCGUACCGGAGGUGUGUGUGCCACAGUGGUCCGUGUGUGAGUGGCUGCAGUCCACUGGGUUGGAGAGGUACAGAGACACUCUUGCGUCAGCAGGUUACACCAGCAUUGACAGCCUUCUGACUCUCACACACCAAGAGAUGGACAGACUGGGAAUUAUCACACCAUCACAUCAGGACAUACUAAUUGCCAGUGUGCAGCAAGAAAUGUUGUCUCAGAUGCAACACAUGCAACACUCUAUGGUUCCAGUCUGAGCUGGCCUACAGAUACAAACCUGUUUUGAGAAGAAUUUCAUUUACCUCAUCUGUGCACUUUAGAGGAACUUUUCACCAGUGGAACUACAAGGAGUUGAAGACGAUAACAAUUACAGUGAGGGGAAGUAAAAGAAGAGGAGAGCGAAAGCAGCACUUUGGUGAACUUCCAUCCCGUGGAGUUUUCUGUGAACCACGAUGUGGAUGUGACCACACAUUACAUUGAGUUUCUGAGAGUUUAGACUGAUGCCUGAUCCUCUUAUCCAGCUCUGCUUUUCCUUGUUUUCUUCUCUGUUAGGUGAAGGCUGACAUGUGCAUAAGCAGAAUGGCUUCCAAGAUAUUUUCUUUUGCUGCUUUGUGCUUGACUUGAAUUAAAUGUCUUUUUUGUUCUCUCAUGUGUAGCUGUGUAUGCGUGUGUGUAUGAGUGUGUGGCAUGAAUGCAUUUAACAUGGGCUCUCCCUGUUAAGAUGUCAGCUAUCUUUAAAUAAUCUUAAUAUGCAAAGUUAAAGAGAGCUGCAGGAGCCGAACAGAAUGUACCACUACAAGCUCUUACUGGCUUCAUACUGGAAGACUGGGCUAACAAACAGUCUGAUUUGCUUGUUUUUUUAUUCUUCCUUUUCUUACUUUGAAUUGUAUGAAUUAUUGUUUUUUGUUGAAUUAGACUUUUAGAUUAGAAUGUCCUUCAUCUGUGUCUGUACAUAUCUCUCCUGUUUGAUGCUGAGAAUUAGCUACAUGAAACAUUUUGUUUAUUUAUGCUCCUUUUUUAAUCUAGUUUGUACAUUGUAAAAUAGACACACCGAUGACAUAUUGUAAAGAGUGCCAUAUUGCGUUGCAAUAAAUGCCAAACCCAUCCA